CCCGCUCCUCCUUCCUCCUGCGACCCCGCCCCCUCCCCCCUCUGCCGGGCUCCUUCGCCGGGCGGCGGGGCGGCGGUGCGCAGGCGCGGAACCGAGUCCCGCUGGGCCGCAGCCGGUGGCCGGCUCGCAGUGGGCCUGUACCCGGCCCUUCACGCUCCGUUCCCCCUCGCUCUGUGGAGACUGGAGGACGUACCAGAUCCCACGGAACUGUGGCGGCAGGAUGGCGCAGACCGCCAUGUCCGAGACUUACGACUUCUUGUUUAAAUUCUUGGUCAUCGGAAAUGCAGGAACCGGCAAAUCUUGCUUGCUUCAUCAGUUCAUUGAAAAAAAAUUCAAAGAUGACUCAAAUCAUACCAUAGGAGUGGAAUUUGGCUCAAAAAUAAUAAAUGUUGGUGGUAAAUAUGUAAAGUUACAGAUAUGGGACACAGCCGGACAGGAGCGAUUCAGGUCUGUGACCAGAAGCUACUACAGAGGUGCAGCAGGGGCACUCCUUGUCUACGACAUCACCAGCCGAGAAACCUACAAUGCGCUUACUAAUUGGUUAACAGAUGCCAGAAUGCUGGCGAGUCAGAACAUUGUCAUCAUCCUCUGUGGGAACAAGAAGGACCUGGAUGCUGACCGUGAAGUCACCUUCCUUGAAGCCUCCAGGUUCGCACAAGAGAAUGAGCUGAUGUUCCUGGAAACGAGUGCCCUGACUGGUGAGAAUGUCGAAGAGGCUUUCAUGCAGUGUGCAAGGAAGAUACUUAACAAAAUUGAAUCAGGUGAGCUGGACCCAGAGAGAAUGGGCUCUGGCAUCCAGUAUGGAGACGCUGCCCUGAGACAGCUACGGUCACCACGGCGUACACAGGCCGCAAGUGCACAGGAGUGUGGCUGCUAGGCAUGCCAGCAAUACAGGUUCAGUGGUGGUUUCUGGAGCACAUCUGCUGGAGCCUGAAGGGGCUGAAGGUUUUACUACCAUCUGUUCUACUCUGCACGGAAGUAGAUCUUCGUGGGGGAAACAACAGUGCACACCGGCGGACAGGACUCAGCAGCCAUACUGCAAACUAACUCAGCGGACAAUACCUUUAGAGGCCACAUGUAUGCAAAGAUCCCUGCCCCACAUCUGCCCCUCCUGUUCUGUUAAAUCAUGCUUGUGCUGCACACAGCCCGGCCCGUUCCUCCAGCAGAGCCAGUGUGACAUGAUAGAAUCCUGCACUCAAUGAAGCUUUUUUUUUCCUUUUCCAACUCACAGGAAAUGCAGUUUGUGAAUGUGAGCGUGCUCCUCUCAUUGUGUUGGCUACACACGUGACUCAGUAUCAAAGGACUCUGGCGCCACCAGCCAGGGCGUUUCUUAUUUAAUCCCUCUUACCCUUUUUACACUGUGUCUCUGUGAUCCACACCUGAAAUGCUAAACCCACAGGACUAACAUCCGGAAAUAAAGCGGAACCCAGUUUCUCAUGCACAGUA